CCUCAAUCCCUCACCCAACAAAAAAAAAUUAAAACUCACCCAAAAAAAAAUAAAAAUAAAAAUAAAAAUUAGACCCUAAGCGCUGCCUUUGAAGACCAAUCUUAUUUCCUCAUAUUUGAGGUUCUCUAUCAUUAUCACCACCACCACCACCACCACCACCACCACUACUGCAACACCCCCAAAAAGUCAAGCUUAGCUUACCUCAGCCUCCGAUGGAAGCCUCACCGCCGUCCUCGCCGCCGGAGCUCGACGCGGCGGAGAGGAUCAUUCUCCGCUGGGACUCCACCGCAUCUGAGGAGGCCCGGGAGCGCAUGAUUUUCGAAGGUCACCGCGACGAAGUCGAUCGCUACUUGCAGGCAGUCGAUGAAAUCCAACGCUCCAUGUCCGCCGCCUCCCUCGCCGCUGCUUCCGAGGACGAGCAGGCCAAGCUCAACUCCGCUAUCCAGAUCGCCAUGGCUAGGCUUGAAGACGAGUUCCGUAACAUCCUCCUCAACCACACCUCCCCCAUCGAGCCCGACUCCCUCACCUCCACCGGGGCCGAUCCCGGCUCCUCCUCCUCCAGCCACCACUUCUCCGCCGAUCACGGCAACGACCACAGCGCCGAAUUCGAGGUCGACGACUUCCCCGCCGACGACGACGGCGGCUCCACUCCCAAGUCCGCCGCCGCCGCCGAUGAGCUCCUCAGCCGCGGCGAUUCGUCGAACACCUCGAGCUACAGGUCCACCAGUAGCAUCCGGGAGCUCGAUCUCAUCCCCUCCGAUGCGGUGAUCGACCUCCGCAACAUCGCCGAGCGGAUGAUCGCCGCCGGCUACUUGAGGGAGUGCAUCCAGGUCUACGGCAGCGUCAGGAAAUCGGCGGUGGAUUCGAGCUUCCGGCGGCUAGGGAUUGAGAAGCUCAGCAUUGGCGACGUCCAGAGGCUUCAGUGGGAGGAGCUCGAGGCCAAGAUCCGACGGUGGAUACGCGCCGCCAAGGCCUGCAUCAGGAUCGUCUUUGCCAGCGAGAAGAAGCUCUGCGAGCAAAUCUUCCAGGGCAUCGGCACCGCCAUCGACGACGCCUGCUUCAUGGAGACCGUCAAGGGCCCGGCGAUUCAGCUCUUCAACUUCGCCGAGGCCAUCAGCAUCAGCCGCCGCUCGCCGGAGAAGCUCUUCAAGAUUCUCGACUUACAUGACGCUUUGCUUGACUUGAUUCCCGAUAUUGACUCUGUUUUCGAAUCCAAGUCGUCCGAGUCCAUUAGGAUUCAGGCGGCCGAGAUCUUAUCGAGACUGGCGGAGGCGGCGAGGGGGAUUCUGUCGGAGUUUGAAAACGCCGUGCUUCGUGAGCCGUCGAGGGUUCCGGUACCGGGUGGUACAAUUCACCCCUUGACUCGGUAUGUGAUGAAUUAUAUAGCUUUGAUUUCUGAUUAUAAGCAGACUUUGAAUGAGCUUAUCGUGUCGAAACCAUCCACCGGGUCGCGGUACUCCGGUGACCCCACCACGCCGGAUAUGGAGUUUGCUGAAUUGGAGGGGAAGACCCCCUUGGCUUUGCAUUUGAUUUGGAUUAUUGUGAUUUUGCAAUUUAAUUUGGAUGGCAAGUCUAAGCACUAUAAGGAUGCUUCCAUAGCUCAUUUGUUUAUGAUGAACAAUGUUCAUUAUAUUGUUCAGAAGAUUAAAGGGUCCCCCGAACUUAGGGAAAUGAUCGGGGAUGAUUACUUGAGGAAGAUGACAGGGAAGUUCCGGCAGGCAGCCACUAGUUAUCAGAGAGCUACUUGGGUGAAGGUGUUGUAUUGUUUGCGAGAUGAGGGGUUACAUGUGAGUGGAAGUUUCUCUUCUGGGGUUUCAAAGAGUGCUUUGAGAGAGAGGUUCAAGUCUUUUAAUGCCAUCUUUGAGGAGGUUCAUAGGACUCAAGCUACUUGGUUGGUACCUGAUUCCCAGCUUAGGGAGGAGCUGCGAAUAUCUAUCUCGGAGAAGUUGAUCCCUGCUUAUAGGUCCUUUCUUGGCCGGUUCAGGAGCCAUAUAGAGAGUGGGAAGCAUCCAGAAAACUACAUCAAGUAUUCGGUCGAGGAUUUGGAAACUGCUGUCCUGGAUUUCUUUGAAGGAUACUCUGUGUCCCAGCACUUGAGGAGGAGAUCUAAUUGAUGAUAAUGUGAUUAGUUGAAGUAAGUUUUGCAAGUUUAGAAGCUUAGGAUACAUUCUUUGAAUUUUUUGUGGAGUGUUCGGGUGAUGCGGUGCUGGUCAAUCUGAUAUCUGGGCUUCAUUGAGCUUUCCAUUUACAUUAAAAGUCAUAUGUAGUUCAAUAUUGUGUUGAUUUGGAGGAACUCACAUUCUUUGUGAAGAUCUCAGUUGUAGCUCUCUACAGUGGCCAAGAAUCCAAGCCCGAAUGCUUCUGCGCUGUAAGCAUGCCAUUUAUUAUUACUACCACGUCUUAGAUUUUGUUUCCUUUUGUUCAUAUUGGAAUCCUGGUUUGUGUGUGCUCUUUGUUUCACUCUUUUAAUAUUAAGAAGCAGUUUCUUGUAAUAGCUCCAGGUGACUUGUAUACUGUUGUCACAAUUUUUAGCCUUCGAUGAGGCAAAUUUGAAAAUGGAAUCUUGGAUAACUCUUGACUAUAAUGGCAAUGUCCAACACACCCCUUAAUUCAGGUGUGAUUUCUAGA